AUGUCUGCUGAGGAGCACCAUGAGUUCCCCGGGAACCGCCAGUCCGUGGCUUCUGUCCACAGCGAUGAGACUCUACGCGGCGAGGAGCAAGAUGCGCCCACCCAAGACAGGCCCCGCGAGCCCCGUGUUCGCUUUCGGUCGUUAUCUAGCGACCAGAACGGAGACGACGCGCGCACUUUGGUUGCUGAACGCCUAGAACAUACUGAUCACCCCCGUGCCCCGUUUCAUCGGCCGCCUACGCCAACACAAGACGACUCGCAGCGAAAGUCCGAGGAUGUCACCAGUGCCAACCGAGCCCAGCCCGAUGGUGAUCAGGAUCGACCGCAGAAGCAAAGAAAUGUCGACGGCGCCGCUGACAAAUACAGGGAGGAAGAGGUCGAAGAAGAAAACCAGCUGGAAAAAGAGAAAGAGAAACAGAAGAAACUGUUCAACUUCGACAAGGCGAAGAAACUCUGGAAUGUCGAAAAAGCGCGAGAGAUUGCCCGCAAGCUAGGCCGGCCUCCCAUGGAUGGCGACGGGCUGACCUCAUCAGUCCCCGACACAACCUGGGCUGGAGAUGGAGGUAUCGCUUUGUCGAAUAUGACGGAUGAUCACCGAAAGACAGAUGAACAGCGUGCGCGAGAUCAAGCUCAUGCGACCUCAGAAGCACAUCGACUCGUGCGUGAAUUGACACAGCACCAUAAGGGUCCAAGGUCUCGUCCUCGUCCAAGACAGCCAGCAGAGGCGGGUGCUCCGUCCCUUGCAACAGAAGAAGAAGCACAAGAAAAGGCUCGCACAAGUGGCGGGGGAAUCUUGGGUAACCUACUCAAACUUCACCAAGCACAACAGGGGCAUGACAGCCGAUCCAAUAUUACCGGCACGGAUGUAGAUUCAGAAGGAGCGCAGACUUCAGGCCGAUCGACCCCGUCCUCUGGAGCUGCUACGCCACGCAAGGAAAAGCUCAAAUGGUACAAGAAGGAUCAGAAUAAGUCAACAAGCUCACUAGUCGGUGCUGCCUCGAACAUGAGUGCUACAGGGGCUCCGAAUCACUCGAACCAGAUGUUGUCAGCGGCGGCAAGAAAGCGAAAGCAGAGUGGCAAGCCUCGGCUGGAAGACGAGAUUCGAGUGACUGUACAUAUUGCUGAAAUAAUUUCGCGCCAACGCUAUCUGAUGCAGCUUUGCCGCGCUCUUAUGAAGUUCGGCGCUCCAACCCACCGGCUCGAAGAGUAUAUGCAGAUGACGGCCCGCGUCCUUGAGGUGGAUGCGCAGUUCCUGUAUUUGCCAGGCUGUAUGAUUAUGUCUUUUGACGAUUCUUCAACACGAACGGCCGAGUUUAAACUGAUCCGCGUGUCACAAGGUGUUGAUCUUGGUCGACUGGCUGACACCCAUAGUGUUUAUAAGAAUGUCGUACAUGACUUGAUUGGGGUGGAGGAAGCGUCUAAGCAACUGGAAGACAUCAUGAACCGCAAACCCAAGUUUCCCACAUGGUUCUUGGUUAUUAUGUACGGCUUAGCCAGCGCCACCGUUGGGCCCUUUGCUUUCAACGCCCGCCCUAUUGACAUGCCGAUCUCGUUUAUCCUCGGCACCAUGCUAGGGUUCAUGCAGCUGGUGAUGGCGCCUCGGUCUACAUUAUACUCCAACGUGUUUGAAGUAUUUGCUUCUGUACUUACGUCAUUUCUCGCUCGUGCUUUUGGGAGCAUCCGAUGGGGUAUCGUGGAUGGAAAACAAGAGUACCUAUUUUGUUUUUCAGCAAUUUCCCAGGCGGCUAUUGCCCUCAUUCUGCCAGGGUUCUUGGUGUUAUCGAGUAGUUUGGAAUUGCAGUCGCAUCAACUGAUUGCGGGCUCUAUCAGAAUGGUUUAUGCUAUCAUUUACUCUCUUUUCUUGGGUUACGGAAUCACGGUAGGCGUCACAAUUUACGGGUUGAUGGAUGGGAAUGCAAAUUCCAAUACAUCUUGCCCUCCAUCGCCAAUCACAAAUCCGUAUCUACAGAGAUUUCCCUUUGUGAUCGCAAUGUCGAUAUGGUUAGUUAUUCUUAAUCAAGGAAAAUUCAAGCAAGCCCCGGUCAUGAUGAUCAUUGCCUUUGUUGGUUAUGCGGUCAACUACCUGGCCACCAAGCGGAUUGGUAGUACUUCAGAGGUUGCCAAUACAUUAGGAGCUUUUACUAUCGGUGUAUUGGGAAAUCUGUAUAGCAGACUUUGGCACGGUCAUGCCGCAACAGCAAUUCUUCCCGGGAUUUUCGUCUUGGUGCCAUCAGGUCUUGCUGCGACUGGAUCUUUAAUCUCUGGUGUGGCUUCUGCAGACCAGAUCCGGGGAAAUGUCACUGGACACAAGAACGAGUCGUCAGGUGGAAGCUCUGCAGGCGGGGGUGGAGGAGGAGGAGGAGGAGGAGGAGGAGGUAUGGGAAAUACUUCGGUGUUCAAUCUCGGAUUUGGUAUGAUACAAGUUGCCAUUGGCAUUACUGUGGGCCUGUUCAUGGCGGCUUUGCUGGUUUAUCCAUACGGAAAAAGGCGCAGUGGAUUGUUUAGCUUCUGA